UAUAUGUGAAGACCUCCAGCGGUGACAGUGGAGCAAAGGCAGAAGCCUGAGUGAGACAGACGCGGCAGCCCCCGGCCUGUUUGCUCCUGCUGAGUCCUCGGUGCCCCUCGGCCUUCUCUGCCCCACUAUGACCCUCUGGGCUUUUGUGAUCCUGGUCUCGGCGUUCUUGGCUACCCCAGGCCUGGCCUUCUCUGGUCUGGACCCUGAGUCUGCGGACCUGGCGCUGGACGGUCUGAGUGAGGCCGAGCUGCUCCAGGACAGUCUGCUGGCCGAAAGAUGGACCAAUGGCUUCCGCUGUGUGUCCUGUAAGAAGGUGUUACAGAAGCUGGAGGACUUGGUGGGGAAAGAUGUCAGCAAGGAAUCCAUCACCGAGGCCGCGACCCAUGUGUGUAGCAAGAUGGGCUUGCUGAAAGUCCCCUGCAGGGGUCUCAUGAAGGCAUUUUUAAAAGUCAUUACCCAGGACAUCAUGGAAGGCAAGAGCGCACCUGAAGUCUGUGUGGACAUUAAGAUGUGCAAACCUGCAGGCUACAUCUGAGCCCCGGGGGCCUCGGGCCCACCCUGGGGGAGAAGCCCAGAAAACUCCUCGCUCCUGAGCUCCCAAUUCCUCUCUCCCACUCCACCCCUGCUGCUACUGCUCAGAAUAAAAAAUACCAUGUGAAG